UUGGAGCAACUGAUCAUCGUCGUGUGUCUGUCUCACAGACAUCAACCAGCAGUAGUACUGAUGAAAUAGGCCUGUCUGUCUGGUUGUCAAACAUACACGCGCACCGAGCUGCAAGCACACAGUACGCAGAAGAGCUGGAGGACUAAACAAACACAGCAUUUAUUUACCAUUUUUAAAGGAAAGAGCAUUGUAUCUGCUUAUUUUUUCAAAGGAAAAGUCUUAAGAUUUACAGAUGUUUGAUGUGUGCAGUCAUUCUGCUGUCAUUAGCGCAGAGUGUGUGCCGGAGGAGAGCAUGAGUGUCUGAUGUGCAUUAGUUGAGUGUGUGUGUGUGCGGGUGCUCGCCGGAGGAGGAGAGCAUGAGCCUCUGAUGUGCAUUAGUUGAGUGUGAGUGUGUGUGAGAGCAUGAGUGUGCUGUCUCUGCUGGCCCGGAUCAUGCGCUCUCUGCUGCUGCGGCCCGAGACUCUCCUCCUCCUGCUCCUGCUGUGUGUGUCUCUGGCUCUCUGGAGCUUCUUCUUCUUCCACACGGAGGAGGUGAAGACCAUCGUGCGGUCCAGCCGUGACGCGGUGCACAUGAUGAAGGGCAGGGUGAGGGAGAUGGUGCUGGAGGAGCAGAUGAACAUGAUGAAGGGCAGGGUGAGGGAGAUGAUCUCCUUCUCCAGGACAUGGGAGUUCAGGAGCAGCUCUGUUGCGGUGUACUCGAUCCAGGGCAGGAGAGAUCACAUGGAGGACCGGUUCCUCAUCUUCACGGACACACUCAACUAUAGCCAUCCGGACAUCUUUGGCAUUUUCGACGGGCAUGGGGGAAAGGCAGCUGCAGAGUACGCCAAGUCUCAUCUUCCCGUCAUGUUGCGCCAGCAGCUUCAGAAAGAAAACAGUGCUCGUACUCCUCAGUCCAUCCUCAGGCAGCAGAUACUCAACAUGGACAAAGAGAUGCUGGAGAAACUUUCGGCCUCUUAUGAUGAAGCAGGUACCACGUGUCUGGUGGCUGUGCUGUCUGAAAAGGACUUGACUGUAGCUAAUGUUGGCGAUUCCAGGGCAGUGCUGUGCGAUAAAGACGGUAAUGCCGUCCCAUUGUCACAUGACCACAAACCCUACCAGGUCAAAGAGCGAAAGAGAAUCAAGAAAGCAGGUGGCUUCAUCAGUUUUAAUGGCUCCUGGCGUGUGCAAGGUGUUCUUGCCAUGUCCCGUUCACUUGGCGACUAUCCUCUAAAGAAGCUGAAGGUGCUGAUCCCUGACCCUGAUGUGCUGAACUUUGACCUGGACAAACUACAGCCUCAGUUCAUGAUUCUGGCCUCAGAUGGACUAUGGGAUGCCUUCAGCAGCGAGGAAGCUGUGCACUUCAUCAAAGAGCGAUUAGAUGAGCCACACUUCGGUGCGAAGAGCAUCGUCCUGCAGUCCUUCUACCGCGGCUGUCCGGACAACAUCACUGUGAUGGUGGUCAAGUUCAGAAAGAGAGGCUCCAAAGCUGCUGGCUAGUGAAGAUGGAUCUGCUCUCACAUGUGAUCAUGGAAUGCAAACCAAUAUCUGAAUGAAUGAGUGACUGGAUGAGCAGUUAUCAUUAUGCAUAACUUUAACAUUAGAUAAAAAUAUUAAAAGGCUGUAUUUUUUGAGAAGCAACACUUUCUAUUUAAAUUGAAUGGUACGGAUUUAAGCAAUCACUUCUUCAUUGCAAGUAUAGCUCCCCUGAGGAACAUAAAAUGGAAUUUUUGAAGAAAAUUUCUUUCAUAAAAAUCUGGUCAAAUAUCAUCAUUAUCCCACAUUUUGAUCAGUUUUUUUAAUCUGUAAUGAUGGUUUUAAUUUCCCUGGUUAUUACAAAUGUAACUUUUCUGCAGAAUGCACCCUUUGCCCCAUAUUAUUAAAGCCUGUUUCCACAGAAAAAAAAAGAAAACAUAUUCUGACUAUUACACGCAAUUCUGAGAAAUUAAGUCGCAAUUAUCUUUCAAAAUGUUUUAUUCUGUGAAUAAAGUGCAAGACUGAACACACACUGAUGAACUCGGCCUCGCCGAACAUCUCCCAUAUUAGACUGCCCGUCUGAGGGUUCAGGGACCACUCGCUUAGGGGAGUGUUGCCCCGUGAGAGCAUAUUCGCACUCAGAUUUUGGACACCCGGGAUGUGCGCUGCUCUCAGAGAGCUCAGACUGGCCUGUGCCCACAGGAGGUCGCUCACCUAGCAUGCAGGUUACCUGACCUGAUGCCACCAUGGAAAUGUAUGCCACCACUGACAUGUUGUCCGUACAGACUAGGACGUGGUGACCCCCUGAAGUUUGAUACAAAAAGCUUUCAGGGCCAAACCAGCUGCUUUCAUUUCCAGACAGUUGAUAUGUAACGAGGCUUGCCCUCGUGCAGGCCUCGAAAUUGGACGUGUCUGUAAAAACCACCUUUCUUUCUGGAAUCUACUCCCAUGGUCACCCCAUUGUGGUACCAGUCCUGAGACCAUCAGGGAAUCAGUGUUCUUAAACACCCGUGAUUCACAUUUACAUGUAUUCAUUUAGCUGAGGCUUUUAUCCAAAGCGACUUACAAUUGCUAUAUAUGUCAGAGGUCGCACGC